AUGAGGAGAGAUGGAGUGAGAUGUGAGGAGUGCUCUAUUCUGGUGGAUGUGUUGGUGUGUAACAGGAUGGCGAGUCAGGUGUUGGUGGAGAGCAUGGAUUUAUCAGCUCACAGACUUUCUGUGAAGACGUCUGUUGAAGACGAGUCCGAGGCGGCAGACGGCACUCUUAGCCGCGGUCAGUCCGUAUGUGAUGACACAUCAUCAGAACUACAGCGAAUGGCUACGCUGGAUCCCUGCAGACUCACCUCACAGAACUCAUUCAGGGGUCGAGGAGCUCUCUCUAGGUUGGUGAGUAUGGUGGUGACUCUCAGAGACUGGGCUCAUAAGAGUCUUCAGGAGGAACAGGAGCGGCCGGACUCAUUCUUGGAGCGUUUCCGAGGACCUGAACUUCAAAUCGCUCCCAGUCGAAUAAGCAUCAACAGACCUGAUGCGCAUGAUGGAAAUAACAGCUUCAAAAUCAAGAAGAAGUGUGAUGUUUUUAUUCUGGCACCUGCUGAUGAUCUGUACUAUCGUUGGCUGUUUGUCAUCGCCUCAGCCGUCUUAUACAACUGGUGCUUCGUGGUGGCCCGAGCGUGCUUUGAUGAGCUUCAGAGCAGAAACUUUAUUGUGUGGCUGGUGUUGGAUUAUCUCUCUGAUGUCAUAUAUAUAUUGGACACGUGUGUACGACUGAGGACAGGUUUUCUGGAGCAGGGUCUGCCGGUGAAGGACCUUACCAAGUUAAGAGAAAGCUACUUUCACACAUUCCAGUUCAAGCUGGACGUGCUCUCCAUACUCCCCACAGACCUUGCCUACAUCGCCACGGGCAUUCACGUGCCCGAGCUGCGCUUCAAUCGACUGAUGCGCUUCUCGCGCCUCUUCGAGUUCUUCGACCGCACGGAGACGCGCACCAGCUGCCCCAACGUCUUCCGCAUCUGCAACCUGGUGCUCUAUAUCCUGGUCAUCAUUCACUGGAACGCCUGCAUCUACUUCGCCAUCUCCAAGUCUCUGGGGUUCGGCUCGGACCAGUGGGUCUACCCGAACACGUCGGACCCCGAGUUUGGGACGCUGAGCCGAGGAUACGUCUACUGCCUCUACUGGUCCACCCUCACACUGACCACCAUUGGGGAAAUGCCGGCCCCCGUGCGUGACGAGGAGUACCUGUUUGUGGUCUUUGACUUCCUCGUUGGUGUGCUCAUCUUCGCCACCAUCGUGGGUAACGUGGGAUCCAUGAUUUCCAACAUGAACGCCACCAGAGCCGAGUUUCAAGCUCGCAUGGACGCCAUAAAACACUACAUGCAGUUUCGGAAGGUCAGCAAAGAGCUGGAAGCUCGCGUCAUCAAGUGGUUCGACUACUUGUGGACCAAUAAGAAAUCGCUGGACGAGCAGGAUGUUCUGAAGAGCCUGCCCAACAAACUUCGGGCCGAGAUCGCCAUCAACGUGCACCUGGAAACGCUGAAGAAAGUCCGCAUCUUCCAGGACUGCGAGGCGGGACUUCUGGUGGAACUGGUUCUCAAGCUGCGGCCGCAGGUCUUCAGCCCCGGCGACUACAUCUGCAGAAAAGGAGACAUCGGGAAAGAGAUGUACAUCAUCAAAGAGGGCCGUCUCGCCGUGGUGGCCGAUGAUGGGGUGAACCAGUUCGCUCAGCUGACGGGGGGCAGCUGCUUCGGGGAGAUCAGCAUCCUCAACAUCAAGGGGAGCAAAAUGGGCAACCGCCGCACGGCCAACAUCCGCAGCAUCGGCUACUCUGACCUCUUCUGCCUGUCAAAGGACGACCUGAUGGAGGCCGUGCUGGAGUACCCCGACGCUAAGAAGGCGCUGGAGGAGAGAGGGAGGCAGAUUCUGCUGAAAGAAGGCCUUCUGGAGGAGUUGGGAGCUGCCGGGAUGGGAGAAGAAAGGGUAGAGGAGAAAGCGCAGAGGUUGGAGGCCGGUCUGGAAACGCUACAGACUCGAUUCGCUCGCUUACUGGCCGAGUACAUGGCCACUCAACAGAAGCUGAAGCAGCGCCUCACCGCUCUGGAGUGCAGGACACGUCAGUCUGCCAGCGGGUUUCUCUCUGAUGGCAAUGACAGCACCACUGACGGUGACGGGAGCCGUAGUGAGGUCAACAUCUCACUCUGACCAAUAAACAGCAUCCGUAUAAUAACACUCACAAAGGUCACGUCUUCAAGGAAAGUAUACACAUGUCAUAGUUAGAACACAUAAAUGUUCUCUUUCCCCCCCUUAAAGAACAACAAUAGGUUUUACAUAAAUCAAGCAGACAUUAGCCUAGUGAGAUGAAUAAAAGCCAGUUUAACAAAAACACAAUUGUUCACAGUUUCAUCAUUGCGCAUCAUGUGUUUGAUCUAUGUCUUACAAUAUUAUUCAUAUAUAUGCACUUUAAGAAUGAUGCUUUUCUCUUCCUGUUAUAAAAUGUAUGGACGAAUCAAAAACUGAAUCUGAAAAUAUCUGUUCUUCACAGUUCAUGGGUCGCUUAACUAUAUAGAAAUCGAAUGAGCUGUUGUUUAUUCAUCUUCGAAACAAUUCAUUCAAUUGGAAAUAUGUGUUUAUUUUAUAUGGGCAGAUUAGUAAAAGAGAACUUGAAAAACAAACAAUUUGGUCAGCUAUAUCUAAUAGUACACUCUACUUUAUAGUACAUGAUGCUGUUAUACACACUACUGCUCAAACGUUUAGGAUCAAUUACUGAUUCUUUGUUUAUACAGUUUUUCAAAUUUUAAAAUAAUGGUUACUUAACUUCAUCAAAGCUAUGGAAUAAUAUUGUAACAGUGUGAAUUAUGUUGUAUCCAAAAGCAUCCAAAAUAAAUGAACUCUAUAUUUUAUCAUCGUCAAAUCACUCACCUUUUGCCUAGAAUUUGCAAAAUCAUACACUUCAUAGUCGUUACAAUUUUUAGGGUGAGGAAAAAUAAAGACUUGGGUUCCUGUUUUUUAUGUUGACACCGCUAACAUAGACAAACAGACGAAAGUGAACUAACUUUGAUCGUCCACAGCAAGAGCUUCUAGAAUUGACAAAACAUCAGGAUUAGGCAAACAAUAACAAGUACACAUCUUUGUGUGGAGUGUGAAGGUGCUGUACUCGAUGAGUCGCGGUCACU